AUGCUUUAUAUUAAAAAUAAACUUCUACAAGAACAACAACUUGUUGUUAAAUAUGAUAAGCCUAGCCAUUCUUCUUUUUUGCAAACAUAUCUGAACUUGCUUGAUCAUAUUUAUAAUAGCAUUGAAUUCAGGGCUGUAGAAAAUAAAAGAAGAAGAAAGAUCUACUAUAAACAAUUAUCUACAAUCUUUUCAUUCAAACUCAAUAGUGGCAAGACCUAUUAUUAUCCUGCCAACAUUGUGGUCUCAUCAGUGUCUAGAACUGACAACAAUGAUCAUCCAGAUGAGCAUUAUUGUCUUGCCUUCAUAAAGCAAUCAGAAGAACCUUUAGAGUUUUAUAAACAAUUAGGAAGUCAGUGA